UUCUGGUCCAUCAGGUGAAAAUGGUGCAUCUGAUUCAGUGAAAUAGCAGCAUGCACUCCUCAACGACACACAUGAUUUGAGGAAUCAUCCAUUCCACAUGAAUUGUCCUAAAAACACAUGCUAAUAGUUAAUAUAACUGUAGCAGCAGAGGAAGAAACAGAGUGAAAGUUCAGCCGCAAGUGUUCAAGGGUAAAGUUCACUGUGUACAAUGCGUAAAGCUACUUAAGAGGGAAGGACUCACAAUGGUGCUUACGGAACUGAGGAUAACUUGAGACAAACACAGACUCUCUGACAGCUGAUCUCAUGGAGAGAUUUGCUCCUCUUAUCUUUGAUCUUCUCCACUAGUGACAAUCCUCUGUGCUUUGAUGAAAUCUGGCUGAUUAACUGUGAUCGGUUCCUUUGAAUCCGCAGAUCUAUUUGUUCCCAAGGGAAGUAAAAUUUUCCAAACAUUCUGAGUAUUAAAUGAUUUGUGCCUUCCCACCACUAGAUUCUGCUGGAAAGAGUUUCUUGGCUCCAUCUCAGUAUUGACUUCUCUCUUGGCUAGACUUCCAUCCUUUUCUUUUUCCUGGAAUGGUCAUCAGAGGAAUGAACACGGACAACAAUGAUCCUCCUUCGGGAUCUUCCUCAGCCCUUGUUAGUUUUGUGUGAUGUAUUGAAGCUGUCAGGCACGCCGGCCGUUGGUGUGAUGUCUGGGGUUAGUAUCCGUCUGUAAAUCUUGUCUGCACAUGUCCGUCUGCAUCACGAUGGAUAAAGAGACAUAGGAAACAUUUUAUUACAAGCACCAUAAAACAGGUCCUGUGGAUAAAUAAUAGCAGUUUGCAUGAAAGUGAUUUGAGCGGAGUUUGACGAUUUUCUUUUUUAAUAUUUUUACUAAAUUUGAACGUUUAUGUGAGAUUUCUGUCAACAGGGGCUGAAAGCGAAGACCAAGGCAGAUCAGUCUGUUCACUAGUAAUUGUGUUACUAAGUUAGUGAUGUACCGAAACCUCUAUAGCACUAUCAGUAUUAAAAUUGAGUGUGUAAGUGCAGUGUUUGAACUCUAGACAUGAAUGAUUCAUCAAAUCAUGUAUUUUGUUGAGGAGAGUGUGCUGCUACUUUACUAAUAGAUCUACGGACCAAAAGAUCACACUAGACAGGAGGAAAACACCUAGAGACAACACAGAAAGUCUUAGCAACACCCUGGCAACCACACAAAACACCCUAGCAACACCCUAGCCACACAGAACACCCCAGCAACACUCUAGCGACCACACAGAACACCCUAGCAACUACACAGAACACCCUAGCAACACCCUAGCCAAACAGAACACCCUAGCAACACCCUAGGCACACAGAACACCCUAGCAACACUCUAGUGACCACACAGAACACCUUAGCAACAACAUAGCAACUACAUGGAACACUCUGGCAACACCCUAGUUGCACAGAACACUCCAGAAACACUCUAGCGACCACACAGAACACCUUAGCAAUACCCUAGCAACCACACAGAACACCUUAGCAACAACAUAGCAACUACACGGAACACUCUGGCAACACCCUAGUUGCACAGAACACUCCAGCAACACUCUAGCAACUACACAGAACACACUAGCAACACCCAAAUUGCACAGAACAUCCCAGCAACACUCUAGCGGCCACACAGAACACCUUAGCAACACCCUAGCAACACUCCAGCCACACGGAACACCCUAGCAACUCCCUAGCAACACUCCAGCUACAAAAAACACCCUAGCAGCAAAGAACACCUCAGCAAACCUCUAGCGAGUAGCGACCACACAGAACACCUUAGCAACACAUUAGGAACUACACAGAACACCUUAGCGACACCCUAGCAACUACACAGCACACCCUAGCAACACCCUAGCUACACAGAACACCCUAGGCACACAGAACCUCCCAGCCACACUCUAGCAACCACACAGAACACCCUAGCAACACCCUAGAUGCACAGAACACUCUGGUCACACUCUAGCAACUACACAGAACACCCUAGCAACACCCUAGAUGCACAGAACACUCUGGUCACACUCUAGCAACUACACAGAACACCCUAGCAACACCCUAGAUGCACAGAACACUCAGGUCACACUCUAGAAACCACACAGAACACCCUAGCAACACCCUAGAUGCACAGAACACUCCAGCCACACUCUAGAAACCACACAGAACACCCUAGCAACACCCUAGAUGCACAGAACACUCUGGUCACACUCUAGCAACUACACAGAACACCCUAGCAACAACCUAGCCACACAGAACACCCUAGGCACACAGAACCUCCCAGCCACACUCUAGCAACUACACAGAACACCCUAGCAACACCCUAGAUGCACAGAACACUCUGGUCAUACUCUAGCAACUACACAGAACACCCUAGCAACACCCUAGAUGCACAGAACACUCUGGUCACACUCUAGCAACUACACAGAACACCCUAGCAACACCCUAGAUGCACAGAACACUCUGGUCACACUCUAGCAACUACACAGAACACCCUAGCAACACCCUAGAUGCACAGAACACUCCAGCCAAACUCUAGAAACCACACAGAACACCCUAGCAACACCCUAGAUGCACAGAACACUCCAGCCACACUCUAGAAACCACACAGAACACCCUAGCAACACCCUAGAUGCACAGAACACUCUGGUCACACUCUAGCAACUACACAGAACACCCUAGCACCAACCUAGCCACACAGAACACCCCAGCCACAUUCUAGCAACUGCAUAGAACACUCUAGCAACACCGUAACCACACAGAACACUCUAGCAACCAAACAGAACACCUUGGCAACAUCAUAGAAACCACACAGAGCACCCUAUCAACAUAGAAACCACACAGAACACCCUAGCAAUACCCUAGCAUCCACACAGAACCCCCAGGCAACACCCUUACAACCACACAGAACACUCUAGCAACAUCCCUGCUUUAUAUAUCAUAUCAUAUCAUGUUUGUUCCACGUCCAAACUCAGUAUUUGAGUCUCACAAAGUCUGGAGCAGCAUAAAUGAUGAGUGAAGUCAGAGGUGAUCUGUGAUCCCGUCUGAAGAGGAUUUGGCCAGUCCUAGAGGUCAGAGCUUGAGGUCUUAUGGGGGACACUUUCUGCUGGACGAGAGUCUGAGGUCAUUAUUCUCUGGGAAGCAUUAAGUCCUCAUCUAUCCCGUUAGAGUGUCUGAUUAUACCACGUGAGCGGCGGGUUAAGACCAGGUCUGAUACAGGAAUAGAGCUGUAGGUGGAGUCCUGGAGGGGUGGAAAGGCCGGCAGUGACUCUAGCGUGUGAUUACUGGUAAUCCCUCUUUAAAUAACCCUGAGCAGUAAGCUAAUGUCCUGUAGGACGACUGAGAAAGAGGACAAUACUGUUGGAUAGAUACACACACAUCAGAGAGCAUCUGCGCAGCUUGGUGUUUCAUGUCAACUUGAGGAUGAAUUUUGCAGCACAGCUUUUUGCAAACUUUGUGAAUGACGGCUUGCAGCCACAAGAGACACGGAGAGGCUUUAAUGACAGCGAGGAAUAUGAUCCCUUCUGGCAGAGGUGGGAAACCGUAGCAUGUAAAUCUGAAACCUUUAAAGUGUCUCCAACACCUAAUAAUUCCCAGUGUCCUCUUGAGUCUGAGAGAUGUAAUAGUUCAGAGACAGAUGUGGAUGCAAUUAGAUACCAUGUAGUGACUCCUUCCCAUCCUGCGGUUCCCCCAUCCAGUGACUCACAUUCACCUGCACCUGCCCGUAAAACACCCAAACAAAGACGCCAGCCUGAACCCUCAGUGGCUACAGCUCACAUUCUUCAUCCCAGAGAGUCUCAAGCUGGAGUGUCAAAGAGAGUCGAUGAUCCUCAACCCGCUUCUAAAGCUCCCGGUCCAUCUCUUGUAGAUCCAGCAGAGCCGCCCUCGUCUGUAGCUCUCCCUCUGUUCCCACAGCUCACCGAAAACGCACCUUUCCUGUCGCUCUUCCAGGCAUUAGUGUACAUCCUCCUCAGACUCUUCCUCUCCUUCAUCCUCCUCUUCCUGCCACGCACAGAGCAGCGCCGAGGUUCCUCCAAACCCGACUGCUCCUUCCACAGCGGCCCGUGCGCAAAAGACGCCCAUGUCGUUAACGGCCGUGUGGGUCGCCGCUCAACUCUCAUCUGCCCAGAACGCCUGAAAGACUUUGGAGCUGAGGAAUACCUCAAUGGAGAUGUGAAGGUCUUCCAGACCACCAUCUCGGAACCACCGGAGGUCCAGUUGAUGUCAACACCAAAACCGUCUGUUAAGAAAGGCGGCGAGGGCAAAUCAGUACCCAAAGUUGCUCCUGAACAUCUGCGCUUUGAGGACAUCAGCGCGGCCGCAUUCAAACUCCAGCAGUCAGGCAUUCAGAAAACUCCCUGCACGUACUCCAGACUGUCCAAACAGUACGGGAUGGAAAUCUACCUGAAGAAAGAGCUUCUCCAUUACACUGGAUCUGUGAAGGAGAGAGGAGUUCUGUACCUGCUGUCCUCACUCAAACAGGAUCAGCAGAGGAAGGGUGUGAUUGUGGCCACGGACUGUAACUUCUCCAUGGCAGUGGCGUAUCAUGCAGUUGAGAUGAGGAUUCCCGUGUUCGUCAUCAUGCCGGCGUACAGCUCUCCUCCACGCCUGCGCAUGUACAGAGACUACGGAGCCAUGGUCAUCUCCUACGGCAGCACAGCGCGAGACUCCAUCAACCAUGCGCGCCACCUGGCCAAAGAGAACGGAUACCUGUGUCUCGAGGAGGAUGACAGCGCCGUGUAUCUGGCAGGCCUGGGCACCGUGGGUCUGGAGAUCUACGAGCAGGUGCCCAAGCUCGACGCCGUCAUCGUGCCCGCGGGUGGACACUGUGGCCUCCUGGCAGGAACCGCAGCCGCCAUCAAACACCUGAACCCUCGCAUCUCUGUCAUAGGUGUUGAACCAGAGGAGUUUCCUCUUCUACUGCAGUCACUCAAAACUGAUUCCCCCAUUAAAGAUCUCUACUGCAACCCCAACAAGAAACUCUACAGAGAUUUGGUGGAUCACUCUCUGGGAACACAUACCUUUCAGCUGGCCAAGAAACUGGUGGACAAAGUCAUUUCUGUCAGGGAGGCGGACGCUCUGGUGGCCAUGCUGAGGUUUCAGGAGUAUGAGCGCUCGACCGUGGACACAGAAGGAGCCAUGGGUUUGGCCGCCAUCUUAGCUGGACAACUGCCAGAGCUUAAAGGCAAAAGGGUGGCGGUGGUGGUGAGCAGUGCAAACAUGGAACUGGACCUGGUUCUGCAGUGUGUGGAACGAGCUCUGGUUCUGGAUGACAGAGUCGGUCGCUUCACGGUGCAGCUGGCGGACUGGCCUGGAGACAUGGCCAAACUACUAGACCUGCUGGCCAGAGAGGACGUCAGGUUGCUGGAUGUUUGCCACAGACGCUAUAGUGAUAAAGCAGAGCUCUUCAAAGCACAGGUCGAGUGUGUUGUUGAAAUGAGGGAUAAAAGUCAGAACUCACAGCUGCGGCGGACGCUGUCAGACCGCUAUCCGUCACUGCGCUGGCUGGAGCGGUGAUCCACACACACACACACACACGCACACGCACACGCGCACACACACAUACACAAACACACAUUCUCUCUCUCUCUUUCUCACACGCACACACACACAUUUUGUCAUAAUUACAAAAGCACGAUUAUGUGUCAGAUCUCAGGAUCUGACACUGAUCACUGCUGUUUGACAAACACACACAAACAUAGCAUUUAGAAGAAAAGACAACAUUUAAAUACUCUUAGUGUCAAUGAUGUCACAUGAAACAGAGAUCAAAUAUGGGAGUAAAGAUCAUUCCACACUGAUUGAAUUGAUUAUUAUUAUUGGAUAUCCUGUAGACGGGGAUGAUCUUUAUGGGAGAAGGUUUGAGCUGUACAUAACUUUAUUUAUAAACGUCACUGAAUGUUUGAUGUGGAAACUAGCUGUUGUGACGUCUGCUGUAUUUAGCCUAAGAACAUAAAGGUUCAUCCUGUAUAUAUCAAA